CCUCGACCAACAUUUAGAACUGUGGGAACGCCAGUACCCUGAAAUCGUUAAAGAGAUUCGCGAAGGGCUGUACGUGGACGACCUAAUGGUUGGCGGUGCAUCAAUUGACAUUGUGCAAGAAAAGAAAGACACGUCCAUCGAAGUUUUCCAAGACGCCUCUUUUACGCUUCAUAAAUGGCACUCAAAUGCCAGAGAACUUGAAGCCAGCGGUAGUUCAGCAGCAGACGAUGAAUUGACCUAUGCUAAGCAGCAGUUAGGGACGAGCCGACCGGGCACAAAGCUUUUAGGACUACCUUGGGACAAGGAUAAAGACACCCUGAAGGUUGGGCUGCACAAAGAUGAAACUAUCACCACAAAACGAGGCGCUCUUUCUCAACUAGCAAAGAUCUAUGACCCCCUCGGUCUGGCCUCGCCAACGACCCUGCAAGGGAAAUUUAUUUACCGUGAGAUGUGUGAAAGCAACAUAGCCUGGGACGGUGAACUCCCAGCAGAGCUGAGAAAACAAUGGAUCGACUGGGUUUCCAAACUUCCUAGAUACGUUGAAGUUGAGCGAACUCUGGCACCACAUCAUCAACCAAUCUUAGAAAUCGUAUUGCACGCAUUUGGAGAUGCUAGCAUAAAAGGGGUUAGCGCUGUUGUCUACGCGGUCGUCCGACAGGAGAAUGGGACAUCGCAAGGACUCGUCUGCUCAAAGUCUCGGUUAGCAAAGCGAAAUUUAACCAUUCCCCGGCUUGAGUUAGUGGCCGGUCACAUGGCGAUCAAUCUGGUGACUAACGUCCGGUUAGCUAUCAAUCUAUUCCCAGUGUCAGUACACUGUUGGCUUGACUCGACUGUGGCACUCUUCUGGAUUCACGGGCACGGGGAGUACCGGCAGUUCGUUGCGAACAGGGUGCGCAAAAUACAGGAGCAUCAGGAGGUCAAGUGGCAUUACGUGCCGACCAGUGAGAACCCCGCGGAUCUGGGUAGCCGUGGCGGAAGUGUCGAACAUAAUCAACUAUGGAACCAUGGCCCGAGUUGGUUGAGCGAAGAAACUAGUUGGCCAUCGGACAAGAUCUUAGAGCCCAACGAGGAAUCUAACGCUGAGUUAAAGGUGACUCGAAGCAUCUUCGCAAUGACAACUCACGUCCGUGAUGACUUCGACCGACUACUUGAUGCUUACGAAGUUCACAAGAUUCUGCGAAUUUGUGCAUGGAUUCGGCGAUUUAUCCGGAACUGCAGGACGAAAGCAGGGGUUCGGCAAGACGGCCCACUAGUCGCAAGUGAGAUUGAACAACAGAGACUUUGGUGGAUUAAACGAGCACAACUAGAAUGUCAAGGAAGAGCCAGUUUCAAGGAAGAGCAGCUACAACUGAAUCUGCAGCUAAACAACGAAAAUAUCCUUGAAUGUAGAGGGCGAAUUGAAGGAGAGUUUCCAAUCUACCUGCCAGACAGUCAUCCCUUUACGAACGGAAUUGUACGACAAGCACACCUAUUGACUUUACAUGGGGGUGUGUCCCUGACAAUGGCAAAGGUACGCGACGACUAUUGGAUUCCCAGAUUGCGCCGUUUGGUCAAGAAAGUGAGGAGUGCCUGCUGGGGUUGUAAGAGAUUUAGAGCACAAGCAUAUCAGGCGCCACCCCCAGGAAACCUUCCAAGCACACGGACACAAGGGUCUGCGCCAUUCCAAGUAAUUGGCGUAGACUUCGCUGGCCCGAUUUACUAUCAAUCAAAACCUGGAACUGAAAACAAGGCAUAUCUAGCGCUGUUUGGUUGCAGCCUGACACGGGCCGUGUAUCUAGAUUUAUUGAAGUCAAUGGAAGCACCUGAGUUCAUACUGAGCCUGAAACGGUUUAUCGCACGUCGAGGCAGGCCAAAGCUUAUUACUCGGACAAUGCUUUGA